UACUAUUAGUAAUAAUAACUUCUUUCUUACUAUUGCUAUUUGCUAAGAGAGGAUGGGUUUGAGGGGUAAAUUAGUUGCUCAUUUGGAGGUCAAGUGUAGUGGAGAACUAUUUCAUGAUCACUUCAACUCCAAACCUCACCACAUCCCUAAUAUAAGUGAUAAGAUAAACCAUUUUGAGGUUCAUGAAGGUGAAUUAGGAAGUGUUGGUACUCUUGUUGAAUGGAGAUUUAACUAUGAGGGGGAAGAGAGGGUGUUGAAGCAAGUUAUUGAUCACAUAGAUGAAGAAAAGAAAAGAAUCACCUUCAAACUUGUUGGAGGAUAUUUUGUGGAUUUAUACAAGGAAUUUAAGGCUACUUUGGAUGCUGAAGAGAAUUGGAUAUCAUGGACAUUUGAGUAUGAGAAGCAAAAUGAAGAUAUCCCAGAGCCCAUCACUCUUUUGGGAAUUCCCAUUGAUCUCAUAAAAGACAUUGAUUCACACCAUCACAACAAAUGACACAAUCAUUUAUCUAUUGACCUAGUAAAAUUUAGUGCAUCAAUCAAUGCUUCAAGUAAUCUAUUUUCCAUUGUGUAAUUUUAUAUCGGAAUAAUUUCUCUAUCUUUUAAGAUAGGAUAAAAUUUACGUCUAUAUUUCAGGUUCCUCUUAUGAAAUCAUA